AUGCCGGCGACGCCCAUUCCCCGCCGAGGGCCGCAGAACGCCUUCACCAAGCGCCUCGCCAAGAUCUCCGAGUUCAGCCUCCUCGACGCGUUCAACUCGAACCGCAAGAACCCGUACCCGCGCGAGGUCCUCGUCGGCGUCCCUGUACCGCCCGAGGCGUCGACCACGGGCCCCAAGAUCCCGCUGUGGACCAAGAAGAUCAAGGACGGCGAGGGCCGGGUCAUCCGCACCGAGAAGCGCGGCCUCGGGUCCAAGGAGGUCCCGGCGCCAGGGUGGACGUUCAGCUCGAACCAGGUCCUGACGAGCAAGUACAACAUCGUCACGUUCCUGCCGCGCAACCUCCUCGAGCAGUUCCGCCGCGUCGCCAACAUCUUCUUCCUCGUCCUCGUCAUCCUCCAGUUCUUCCCUCGCUUCACGACCGUCAACCCGGGUCUCUCGGCCCUGCCCCUCAUCGCCGUCCUCUUCAUUACCGCCCUCAAGGACGGCUACGAGGACCUCAAGCGCCACCAGUCGGACCGCGCCAUCAACAACAUUCGCGUCCUCACCCUCGGCGGCUCGUACCGCAACCACAACCUGACGCUCGAGAAGAGCAAGAGCCUCGGCGCGCCGCUCCCCGAGCAUCAUCGGCGCGAGGCGGGCGACUUUUACGACGACGAGGCCGACGACGUCGAGGCGCACGGCGGGCCGACCGACGUUCCCGGGCACCCGAACGCCGAGCAGCAGCCGGGCGGCCACGUCCACAUCCCGAUCCCGCACCUGCACGGCCACGGCGGGCACGGCAAGCACGACCGGCCGACGUGGGUCAAGGAGACGUGGGAGGACCUGCGCGUCGGCGACUUUGUGCGCCUCCACGGCGACGAGAGCGUUCCUGCCGACAUCAUCGUGUGCGCCACGUCCGAGGAGGAGAACGUCUGCUACGUCGAGACCAAGAACCUGGACGGCGAGACCAACCUCAAGUCGCGCUCGGCCGUCCCCGAGCUCACCCACCUCCGCACGUCGUCCGCCAUCGCCAACGAGGCGCGCUUCAUCCUGCGCGCCGAGCCGCCCGACGUCAACAUGUUCACCUACAACGCCGCCGUCGAGCUCCACGACGGUCGCCUCGGCAAGGACGGCGGCCCGCUCAAGUGCCCGGUCAACCUCAGCACGAUGCUCUUGCGCGGCACGGUCGUGCGCAACACCGAGUGGGUCGUCGGCGUCGUCUGCAUGACUGGGCGCGACACCAAGAUCGUCAUGAACUCGGGCGCGACGCCGAGCAAGCGCAGCAAGGUCGAGCGUCAGAUGAACCCGAUGGUCUUCAUCAACCUGUUCCUCCUCGCCCUGAUGACGAUCAUGUGCGCGCUCGCCGACCACUACAUCCAGGUCGAGAAAACACCCGAGGGCGCCUACUGGUUGUACGGCAACGACCGCGGCGACGACAACCCCAACAUCAACGGCGUCAUCACGUGGGCCAACGCCCUCAUCGCCUUCCAGAACAUCGUGCCGAUCUCGCUCUACAUCUCGAUCGAGUUCACCCGCCUCGUGCAGGCCGCCUACAUCUGGGGCGACGACGACAUCAAGGGCAACGGUCGGCGCACGACGGCGCGCAGCUGGAACCUGUCGGACGACCUCGGCCAGAUCGAGUACAUCUUUUCGGACAAGACGGGCACCCUCACGCAGAACGCCAUGUUCUUCCGCCAGUGCUCGGUCGCCGGCAAGGUCUACAUCGGCGACGAGCAGGCGGGUGCGACCGACACGACCGUCGUCCCCGAGAAGCCGGUGUCGAGCAACUCGUCGUCCGAGGGCGAGGACAGCGCCAAGGCGUCGCCCGGCGGUGCCGCGAGCGACGGCGGCGACGGCAAGGCCAAGACCAAGCUUGCCGACCAGGUCGUCCAGCCGUUCCACGACUCGGUCAUCGACGGCGACCUCGCCAAGCGCGACUCGACCCAGGCGCGCCACUUGUACAACUUCUUCAUGAACCUCGCCCUGUGCCACACGGUCCUCACGAGCGAGGAGGACGGCCUCAUCUCGUACAAGGCCCAGUCGCCCGACGAGGCGGCGCUCGUGCAGGCGGCCGCCGACGUCGGCUUCGUCUUCCUCGGCCGCGACAAGGACGUCCUCCGCGUCCAGACGCCGCACGACCCCGACGUCGUCGAGUUCGAGCUCCUCAACGUCCUCGAGUUCACGAGCGCGCGCAAGCGCAUGUCGGUCGUCCUGCGCAAGCUGUCCGAGGGCGAGGGCCAAGGGUCGCUCAUGCUCCUCACCAAGGGCGCCGACAACGUCAUCUUUGAGCGCCUGAGCGACCGCAACGCCGACCUCAAGAAGCAGACCGACAAGCACCUCGAGGACUUUGCCAACGAGGGCCUGCGCACGCUCUGCCUCGCGUGGAAGCCGCUCGACGAGGCCGGCUACGACACGUGGGAGCGCCAGUUCCACGAGGCGACGACGCUCAUCGAGCACCGCGACGAGGAGAUGGAGCGCCUGUCGGACGAGCUCGAGCGCGGUCUCGACCUUCUCGGCGCGACCGCCAUCGAGGACCGCCUACAGGACGGCGUGCCCGAGGCCAUCGCCGACCUCAAGCGUGCCGGCAUCAAGAUCUGGGUCGCGACCGGCGACAAGCUCGAGACGGCCAUCGCCAUCGCCAAGACGUGCAACCUCCUGUCGCGCGACAUGAACCUGAUCGUUGUCAAGGGUGGCGGGUACGGCGAGCCCAACUCGGCCUACUCGCAGCUCCGGAGCGCGCUCGAGCGCUUCUUCGACGCCGAGGGCCUCGCCGAGCAGCUCGAGCACCAGCCUCCCGACGCGCCGCAGCGGCCGCACGGCCUGCGUCGGUCGAGCAGCUUCCGCCGGUCGCAGCAGCUGCGCCGCACCCAGUCGGGCGUAUCGGGCAUGAGCGACAUCGUCGGGCACGACAACGGCGAGCGGCCCGGCGGGUACGGCCUCGUCAUCGACGGCUCGUCGCUCCGACACGCGUUCGACGAGCUGUACACCAAGGAGCUGCUCCUUGAGCUCGCGACGCGGUGCCGCGCCGUCGUGUGCUGCCGCACGUCGCCGCUCCAGAAGGCGCUCAUCGUGCGCCUCGUCAAGGACGGCCUCGGCUCGAUGUGCCUCGCGAUCGGCGACGGCGCCAACGACGUGUCGAUGAUCCAGGCGGCCGACAUUGGCGUCGGCGUCGCCGGCGAGGAGGGCCUGCAGGCCGUCAACUCGAGCGACUACGCCAUGGGCCAGUUCCGGUUCCUCAAGCGGUUGUUGCUCGUCCACGGCACGUGGUCGUACUACCGCAACUCGACCAUGAUCGUCAACUUCUUCUACAAGGAAAUCAUCGGCAUCGGCGUCCUCUUCUUCUUCCAGUUCUACUGCGGCUACUCGGCGACGACCGUGUACGAGUACACGUACCUCCUCUUCUGGAACGUCUUCUGGACGCUCGUGCCCGUCAUCUUCAUCGGCAUCUUUGACCGCCACGUCGGCGAGCGCGCCCUCAUGGCCGUCCCCGAGCUGUACGAGGCCGGCCGCCGCGGCAAGCUGUUCGGGAUCGUCCGCUUCGCCAUCUACAUGCUCGACGGCGUUUACCAGUCGGCCGUCAUCUAUUUCUUCCUCGUCUACGCGUACGACACGACGGCAGCGCGCGACGACGGGUACGACGUCAACAUGUACGAGUUCUCGACCGUCAUGGCCGUCGCCGCCGUCCUCGCCGCCAACUUCUACAACGGCCUCAACACGUACGCGUGGAACUGGUGGGUCCUCGGCGGCGUCCUCAUCGGCCCAGUCCUCAUCGUCCUGUACACGGCCAUCUACGCCGCGUUCCCGCCGAGCCUCAUCUGGACCUACGUGUGGGGCAACAACACGUACCUGUGGCCGUCGGCGUACUGGUGGCUCGGCCUCGCGUUCACCAUCCUCCUCUCGCUCGGGCCGCGGUACCUGUUCCGGUACUUGCGCGAGAACUACUUCCCGCGCGACGUCGACAUCCUGCGCAUCAUCGAGGCGCGCAACCCGCACCACGACUUUGUGCACGACCCGGCCAUGCCGCACCACGAGGUCAAGGACGGCGCCGCGUUCGGGCCCGUCUCGUCGUCGCUCGCCGACGGCGGCGGCAGCGAGUCGGCGACGGCCGCGUCGCCCAUCAUGCCGCGCCGCUCCGUGUCGCGGCGCACGGGCUCGGGCAUCCGCGACUCGUACCAGCUCGCGCAGGUGCGCACCGGCCAGUCGUUGACGCACGACAUGGCGACGGGCUCGGUGCGCUCGGGCGUCGGCAGCGGCUACGUGUUCGACGAGGGCGUGCCGCUCGACCUGCAGCGCUACACGACGCGCGGCAGCGAGAGGUCGUUCGGCGGUGCGGCCGGCGGGCGGCAGCAGGGGACGCCGAGGAGGACCGGGUCGAUCGGCGCCAAGCUCAACCCCUUUGCCCGUUCUCCCGGCGGCACGACUCGCGACCGCUCGGCCUCGUUCGGCGCGCGCCUGUUCCGUCACGGCGGGCGCAAGUCGACGGUCCACGAGCACGGCAAGGGUCCUGGACCCGCAGGCGACGAUGCCGAUGUCGCCGAGACGCACGUCCUCGGCGAGGAGGACGACGACGACGACCCGUUCGCCGGCGAGCCAGUCGCGCUCCAGGGUGCGCCGCGAGGCGCCGGCGUCGCGCAGCUGCCGAUCUUGGGCGCCGGCAUCGGCGCCGACGAGGGCGAGCCGAUCCUCGGUGCGCGUGAGGAGCGCGCCGUGACGCCCAUGAGCAGCAAGGCGCCUAGCGUCGGCAAGGCUCUCUGAGCGCGUGCACGGCCCUCUCUCCCUCCCUCUUUCCCUCUUUCCUUUCUCUCUCUUUUUGUCUGCAGUCCCACCUCUGCCUAGCUCUCCCUCCUCCCUCUCUCUCCUAGUCUGAGCGUCCUGCUCCCCGCACCUUCGUCCAUGUCCCCCCCUCUCCUCCACCUAGAAGUUUCGCCUCUUUCCCUCGCGCCUCUCGAGUUCUCUCCCCUCCUCCACACCAUGUACCACUGCCAACGAGGCUGUUCAUGCUGUCCUC